CUCGUCAAUAUGUAAAUGGUAGUGAACAACAAGUAUAGGUAUUUACUUCAUAAUUUCGCAUAUAAAGGUACCCAAUCCGCAUCGCAUUCCAGUCCAUUUUCUCUUAGAAAAAAAAUCCUCCCCAACCCUCCAAUAAAAGCUCCACCCCUUACCGCCGCCGGAAGCAUGGCAGAAAAGUCUUUCAGCCAGAAAAGCAAGAGGCGAAAGCUCAUCCGGCGGUGUAUCUCCUGGCUUCUCAUCUUCGGCUUCAUCCUCUUAGUGAUCAUUCUCCUCGUGUACGCCAUUCUCCAGCCCAAGAAACCCCGUUUCGUCCUCCAAGAUGCCACCAUCUUCAACCUCAACGUGUCGGCAGCCACCCCAAACAUCAUCUCCGCCACCAUACAGGUGAGCAUCUACUCCCGGAACCCGAACGACAAAAUUGGCAUUUACUACGACAAAAUGGAUGUCUACGCCACCUAUCACAACCAGCAAAUCACUUCUUUCACCGCCAUCCCGCCGGUGUACCAGGGCCACAAGGACGUGAACCUAUGGUCCCCUUUUGUCCAUGGAGAUAACGUGCCGGUGGCGCCGUUCAAUGGCUUGGCCCUGAGCCAGGACCAGACUAAUGGGGGCAUACAGAUGGUCAUCAAAAUUGAUAGCCGCGUGAAAUGGAAAGUUGGGUCGCUUGUCACUGGCCGAUACCACCUCCACGUCAGCUGUCCGGCGUAUAUACCGCUAGGAAACAACAAGAACACCGGAAUAUGGAUCGGAAAUACAGUGAAGUAUCAACUUUCACAGAGUUGUAGUGUGAGUGUUUGAUGUUAAGAUGAAUUGUACUUUUUGCAGAUAAAAACUGCAAACAGAUGAAGGUUAUCCUAAAGCAAAAUGACAAUUCUGUAAUAAUUGUUUGAUGAUUAGAGUUAAUUAUAUGAAAAUUCGUUUCAUGUUUGUUUC